AUGCCCGUACGUGCGCCUCGCCUCAAAGCUGGUCAUCGUACCGCAGCGCUGGUCCAAUGACCCAAAUCUCGCGCCGCUCAGGGCCGAGCUAGUCUGGAUGCUGUCUCGUCAAUUCUGGUCGCGCCCCUGAGGUUGCAAAUUUGGGUUCAGCUUCCGUGCUUGGCUUGGAGGGUGAGCGCAGAGCGAAGAAGGCGGCAGAGGCCCUUGGAAAUACGAGCAGAACGAUAAAAGGCCACAGCCGACUGUUCACCCAGCCACGAGCUCUUAUCGCGCUCUAG